CUUCUUUCUACACUGCAUAUGUGGUUUAUGAAUGAAGCCUGAAUGAAAGAAGGAAUUCAGGGAAAAUAAGUGACAGGUUUAUGGAUAAAAACACUGACAAUGGCAGACAGCAAUGAGAUGACCAUCAACCUUGUUGUGCUUGGAAAGACUCAGACUGGCAAAAGUGCUGCUGGGAACAGCCUGCUGGGCAGUGCAGACUUUGAGAGCCGUCUCUGCCCCAGCUCUGUGACCACGUGCUGCAGCCUGGGACGCAGCGGCCGCAUUUCGGGGCUCCUCCGGAGAAACGGCUGCGAGUCAGCUCUCCGUGUUCGAGUGCUGGACACUCCCAGCUACCCUCACAGUGCUCUGAGCAAACAGCAAGUGAGGGACACCGUGAGAGCAGCUCUGGCUCAGCACUUUGGGGAGAAAGGCCUGCACUUGGCCCUCUUGGUCGUAAGGGCUGACCUGCCUCUGUGUCCAGAUGAAAGUCAUGACACAGUUCAGCUCAUCCAGGAACUUCUGGGUCCCACGUGGAAGGAUUUCACGGCAGUACUUCUUACUCAUGCAGACAAGGCAGAAGAGGCUGGAUACACUGAGGAAACAUAUUUGCACAGCGCCUCAAGUACCCUGUUGUCACUUUUGAGCUCAGUACAGCAUAAAUACAUCUUCCUCGACAACCACAACAGCACAAUUAAAGAGGAAAGAAAUAUUGUCUUAAGAAAGCUCUUGAAUUUUAUACAAAGAAAUAAUUAUCAAGUACUGCUUAAACACAGCAAGGAAUAA